AGGUUUUUGCUCGUUGAUUCGUGUGUUUCAAAAUGAUUGAUAAUAAAAACGAUAUUUUUAAAGAUAAUAAUCGUGUUAAAUCGAAAAAGAAAGUAUUUGUGGAGAAUGUAACAUUAUCACAAUUAUCAAAGGAUGUACCAUCAAUUCGUGAAUUUUAUGCUGAUCAAAAUAUUCUGGUUACUGGCGGCACUGGUUUUAUGGGCAAAGUUUUAAUUGAGAAAUUACUUCGGUCAUGUCCAAAAAUUAAAGGAAUCUAUUUAUUAAUGCGUUCGAAGAAAAAUUAUACGGAUGAACAAAGAUUAAAUAAAAUUUUUAAUAUACCUUUAUUUGAUAAAUUAAAAGAAGAAUGUCCAGAAUCGUUAUCAAAAGUAAAAAUAAUUAAAGGAGAUAUCACCGAACUAGAAUAUGGUUUAUCUGAUUCUGAUUUAGAAUUUAUAAUAAAUGAAAUAAACAUUGUAUUCCAUGCAGCAGCAUCUGUUCGUUUUGAUGAUUCUUUGAAGGACGCCAUUUUAAUUAAUACCCGAGGAACCAAUGAAUUGUUAAAAAUACUUAAACAAAUGAAAAACUUAAAGGUUUACUUGCAUACAUCAACCACUUAUUGUAAUAUCGAUAAAGACGUGGAUGCAAUCGAAGAAAAGGUUUACAAAGCGACAACCAAUUGGGAAACUAUGAUAAAAGCAGCUGAAACUAUGGAUAAAAAUGUGCUUAAUUAUCUUGAACAAAAGAUUUUAAAUAAGUAUCCAAAUACGUAUACAUUUUCCAAAAAUUUAGCCGAAGAACUUGUGUCAGAAAAUUGCGGAGAUAUACCAACAGUUAUUUUUCGUCCAACAGUUGUAUGUUGCGCGGAAAAUGAACCGAUACCCGGCUGGAUUGAUAACUUUAAUGGACCAGUGGGCCUAAUUGCAGGAGGUCAAGUGGGUAUAAUACAUGUAGUUUAUAUAAACGGUGAAAAAAAGGUUGAUUGGGUGCCCGUGGAUCGAGCAAUAAAAGGAAUGAUAACAUCAGCAUGGUACAAGGCUUUAGAACAAACUGAACGUAAUAAAUGCUUGGUAAUUAACUCAUCAACCAGUGAUUUUAUACAAUUUAAUAAUAGCGUAUUGUUUGAUCCUGGUACUGAGAUAGCUAAAAGAAAUCCACCGAAUCAACUAUUAUGGUAUCCAUUUUGUUUCCACACGUCAAAUAAAUAUUUAUAUUGGUUUUACUUUGUAACACUGCACUUGAUUCCAGCAAUAUUUUUAAGUGUUUUAUUGAAAAUAAGUAAUCAGAGAUUAAAAUUAUUUAAGUUAUAUCGCCGAAUAUAUUUUGCAAAUAUGAAGCUUGCACCGUUUACAUUAAAUGAAUUUAAAUUUAAAAAUGAUAAUUUUAAAUCUUUGCAAGCAAUAUUGAAACCAGAAGAUGUUGAUAAGUUCUCGGUGGAUUAUUCUGGGGUUGUAGUUUUGGAUCAUUUUGAAUUGCAAAUAGAUGGCAUAAUACGGUAUCUAUUAAAAGAUAAGAAUUAUUCAAAAGAUACAUUUGAUAAACGAGUGUUUAAUUUAAAAAUAAAAUUUUUUCUGCAUGUUGCGGUAAUUAGUCUUUUACUUAUUGGUUCUAUGUUCGUUUUGAAUCGUUAUGUUGGAAAAUUUGUGUACAAACGAUACUUUUAGAUAACGAAUAAAACUUUUACUUAAAAUUAA